AGCGCCAAUGCACAUAAAGUCCCUUUCUGUACUGGUAGUUAUUUAACUUGACUUUAAUAGCUGAAAAGGCAGAGAUAAGACACAUAAAUAUUGCAAGUACAUUAUAUCACGGAAUGUGCUGUGCCCAUACAAAUAUUUUCGUUUGUUUCGCAAAUAUGCACAGCAGCUUUAAGGGCCCUGUUUCAAAAGCCAGAAGGGAGUAAUUAGAGGAUUUAAGCGCACAUCUGCCUUUAGCUGGCUGUCAAGAGAAGGCACUGAAUGGAGUUUGUUUCACUGCUCAUUAGAAAGUUUUCUUUGAGGGAAGUUAUUAAGAAUUAUAAUGUCCUCGUGGGGAUUGAGGACUGGGUGUUUUUUCCACUUGCAAAGUAGAGAUUUCUUUUCGUGAUGUAGACGAUUUAACUCGGAAUGCAGCUUUGUGUAGCAUGAUCAGACAGUCUGCACUCUGUAUUUAGGAUGAACCGCAGAGGAAAAUGAGCAACGGAGGAACUUGCGAAAAGGUCUCCUUCUUAACAGAGGAUUGAAAUGCGCCAGAUCAAAAUAUAUAUAUUUCGGGAAAAGUAAACACGGUAACAAUGGAAAAAAAGCUCGAAGUAACUUUAGUAAAAUGUGUGGCCAGCAUGAAUUAUAGGGCUCCUGGAAGGUAUAGCCUGCUUCUCGGGACGGAAGUUGUAAUAUAAACGGCUCUGCGGCACACGUCGGCUCCUGGAAAGCGUCGGCAUUCCCGAAGAGGGGCGGAAAAGCGGAAAAAGACCCUUUGGGAAGUGCUGACGCGGCCAGCUGCACGGAGGAAACUUCAGGACUAAAGCGGGGCAGACCUGGGGGAACCACCAUGCUUCUCUGGUUUAUUAUUUUCGGGGGACUUAUGAGAGCCGAUUGCUAUUUUUCCGAGGAGAAACAUCCCGAAGAGUCAAACAUGCAAUCGCCUACGGUGGUGAUCGCAGUAAUCGCACGAAACGCUGCUCACUCCCUGCCGUACUAUCUGGGGGCUCUGGAGAGAUUAAACUACCCUAAAGACCGCAUCUCGAUAUGGGCAGCGACAGACCACAACGCGGACAACACCACAGCUAUCCUGCGCGAGUGGCUCACCGUCAUGCAGAAGACCUACCACUAUGUGGAGUGGAGACCAAUGGAACAGCCCACCUCCUACCCAGGUGAGAUGGGGCCCAAGCACUGGACCAAUGGCAGAUACGAGUACGUCAUGAAGCUCAAACAAGCGGCGCUCAACUUCGCCAGAAGGCGCUGGGCAGACUACAUACUGUAUUCCGACACCGACAACGUUCUGACCAACCCAGACACGCUGAGCCUCAUGAUAAAGGAGAACAAGUCUGUGAUCGCGCCCAUGCUGGACUCUCAGACGGCGUACUCCAACUACUGGUGUGGCAUCACCCCCCAGGGUUAUUACCGUCGCACGGCGGAGUACUUCCCCACCCGGCACCGGCACCGCACGGGCUGUUAUCCUGUCCCUAUGGUACACUCCACCAUGCUGCUGGACCUGCGCAAGGAGGGCAUGAAGAAGCUGGCUUUCCACCCGCCUCACCGCGAUUACUCCUGGCCCUUCGACGACAUCAUCGUCUUCGCCUUCUCCUGCCGUGCGGCCGAGGUGCAGAUGUACGUGUGCAACAAGGAGCGCUAUGGCUACAUUAACGUCCCGGUCAAGCCCCAGCAGACCAUCGAGGAUGACCGCAUCAACUUCCUCCAUCUGCACCUCGAGUCCAUGAUUAAUGAAUUCUCGAUGUUCCCCUCUCAGUACCUGCAUCUGCCUCCCAAACAGACGGAUCUCAUGGGCUUUGAUGAGAUUUACCUGAUAAACUUACGCCGGCGUCCAGAUCGGCGCCAGCGGAUGCUUUGGUCUCUCUACGAGCAGGAGAUCGACGUGAAGGUGGUGGAUGCCGUGGAUGGAGGAGCUCUCAACAGCAGUGAUAUCAAGAUCUUGGGUGUCGACCUCCUCCCCGGGUACUACGACCCUAUCUCCAGGCGCACAUUGACCAAGGGAGAAGUUGGCUGCUUCCUCAGCCACUACUACAUUUGGAAGGAGAUGGUGGACAUGCAGCUGGACAAGACACUGAUCUUUGAGGAUGAUGUGCGUUUCCAGGGCAACUUCAAGCGCCGGCUGAUGCGGUUGAUGGAGGAUGUAGCGAAGGUGGAGCUGGACUGGGACAUCAUAUACCUGGGUCGGAAGCAGGUUAAACCAGGCGAGCUGGAGCAGGUGGAGAACGUGAAGAACCUGAUGGUGGUGGACUAUUCCCAUUGGACGCUCUCGUACGCCAUCUCCCAACAGGGAGCACAGAAGCUACUCAACGCUGAGCCGCUCUCCAAAAUGUUACCCGUGGAUGAAUUCUUGCCAAUCAUGUAUGACAAGCACCCCAAUGAAGAGUACAAGGCGCACUUCCCGAACAGAAACCUCCAAGCAUUCUCUACACACCCCCUGCUGGUGCAGCCGAGCCACUACGCCGGAGAACCCAAGUGGGUGAGCGACACAGAGACGUCGACCAUCUGGGACAACGACGAGGUGCAGACGGACUGGCGUGGGUCCUACAAGACCCUGAAGGGCUCGGCCCCCCCCACAGGAUUUCAGAGCGCCUCCCGGGACGAGCUCUAGCCUGGGCUUGUGGCAGGGGACCGGCCCCCAGCUUCACCGACAUGCGGCAGACCUUGGAUCUGUCAGUGGUGGACUAUUGAAUCCAAAGGAAGUCACCUCUACAGAACCAGCUUGCGCUGCCAAUCUCCAGGGUCUGGAAAGUCAGUCUAAUCACAGGCCCACAGGCCUGGCUUACAUUUCCAAGUUUGUUCCAUGGUUGAGCGUCUCCCACUCUUCACGACCAGCGUUGACAGAUACCUGCAUAUCCACUGACAUUCCUACUGCCGGCGCAUCUUCUGUCUGACAUCCAUUUCUGUUGUUCAUUAUGGGUUGGAUUUCGAAUGGCAUUUGGGAUUAUUUGUUUUAUUAAUGGAAAUUAAGGGUUAAUUUAAAAUAAUGGUUGAGCUUGAGACUGGAUGAAAGGCUGAUUUUAGCGGACUGAAGAGCAGAGACUGUAAGGCAGAUGGUCAGACAGCUUCAGCACAGGGGGCCGGUGUGGUGGGAUCCUGUUAGUGAAGAUACUUCCACUGUAAUGUCAUCCUGACCCUGAAUGAUUCUGGUACUUUAUGUUUCUUUACAGGUGAGUUGUACGUUGUUUUUGUUAUUUUUAAGUUCUGUUAUGAAGCUUUUUUUUAUGUAUUUCUUUAUUUUGACUAAUUUUUACAUCUUGGUGAAAUAAUGUUUAAAGGAAACUUCAAACUUCAAAAUGAUGGGAAAAAAACAUAUACUUAAUUAUUUAACACCACAGCAUAAUUAGUGCUGGUUACUUGAACAUUCUGAAUGAUGAUGCAUUUUCCUUUGAUGCGUGCCUUAAACAUGAAGUUUGCAUUCUGUGACUGUGUUUCAUUGCUUUUUUUUAUGGCUUUUAAAUUCUUGGCUUUAUAAGAGUUUUGGGUAACACUUUACUUGACGGGGCAGAAAUACUUAGUAAUAACUCAGUUACUAUUGAAGUACAAAUCAUGAACAAAUAUAGUCCCUACUUAAGAUACAUCAUGAUUCAUUAAUGAUGAAGAAACAUCAAAAAAGAUCAGAAUUUAACUUGUGUAAUUCAAUACUUUUUCCUUCAGUAGUUCACAAAGGUUUACAGAAUUAACAGAUAUAGUAACAAAUAUAGUAACUGCUUGAGAUAAAACAUGCAUCACAAUUCAUUAAUGAUGAAUUAACAU